CGACGAAGCAGACGACUGUACACUGUAUUCGACAAGUCGCAAAGCAUCGCACGAUGGGAAGUGCCGUCUCGUCCGAUGUGAUCGGGACGAUGGACGAUGCGUCGCUUACAUCGAUCCUCAAGGAGGCGAUAAAGAAAGACCCGGCUCGGAUUGAUCGGUUGUUUGCAGCUGCACGCCAAGCCAUUCGAGACGAGCAAGGGGCUGCCAAGGACACUGUUCCUCCUGGUGACGUCCCUGGAAACAAACAACUGUCGGAAGAAGACUUUGCAGCCGCUGUAGCUGCCGAGUUAAAUGCCGUCCGCACGAAUCCCCAAUCUUACAUUCCACACCUCGAAGCCAUGCUAACGCAAUUUGCGGGCAAUGUCUUGACCAUUCCUUCCGAAGGUAUUCGUCUUCAGACUGAAGAAGGUCCGACUGCCGUGCAAGACUGUCUGGUGUUCCUAAAGUCGCAUGCUCCAGUGGACUACUUGGUGUUGGAGCCGAAUAUGUCCAAGGCUGCCGUGGACCAUGCCCUGGAUCUCGGAAACAAUGGCGCUGUGAGCCACACAGGCAGUGACGGUAGUACCAUGGUCGCACGAUUGGAAAAGUACGGCGACUGGAAAGGGUCGAUUGGAGAACUGCUUGCGUUUGGGCUAUCGCACCCUCGCAACGUCGUGCUCCAAUUGCUCGUGGAUGACGGUGUGCCGACCCGUGGGGACAGGUUGAGUGUGAUGGACAACAAGUUUAAGAGCGUUGGAGUGGGUUUCCACUCGCACAAGUUCCAAAAGCAUGUGUGUGUACUGGACUUUGCCGGUGGUUUCGGCCCACUAGUCGAGAAGCUCACGGCACCAAAACUUGUCAAUGCGCGAGGAGAAAUUACGCCAGACGUCGAACUUGUCCUGCAGAGCAUUCCGUUUGACGAACUCAAGAUCGAAGUGCGGGAAGUGCUGACGAACGCCCCGUCCAAGUCGGUGUCGCUUAAUUAUAAACCAGGCUCGAUUGAAGUGACGGUGACCAACCCCGACGGAUCGAGUCAAAUCAAGUCGGGAACGUGGGGAGUUGCCGACCCAGCCGCACAAGCAGCGGCAAAGUGACCUUGUUCCAAGUCAUGCGUUCUGAGUAAUGAAUCACCCACGUCGCAUGCACGGUGCGGUGAAAAGU